AUGCAUCUCGGCGAUUUCCUCGGGAUUGUGAUUAUCACGACCACUGCUUCUGCACUCCCUUCCCUGUUCACGGCGCCUACUACUGAAGUUUUGGCUCCGAAGCUGUUCUCUAAACGGAUUGCCAAUUGUGCCCAUGGCCCUACUACUAGGAACUGUUGGGAUGGGGGCAGGGAUAUCAAUACCGAUUAUUACAGUAACUUCCCGCUCACGGGGAGAGUCCGUGAGUACUGGUUGAGAGUCGAGAACUCGACUUUCGCUCCCGAUGGAUACCAGCGUACUGUGUUGACCUUCAAUGGGACAUUACCGGGCCCUACGCUUCAUGCCGACUGGGGUGAUACCAUGCGUAUCCAUGUUACAAACGGCAUGGAAUACAACGGAACGAGCAUACACUGGCACGGAGUCCGUCAAUUGGACACAACCGAGCAAGACGGUGUUAACGGGAUCACUGAAUGCCCAUUCCCACCAGGUUACAGCCUAACCUACGAAUGGAAGGCAACCCAAUACGGAACCUCCUGGUACCACUCUCACUUUUCCCUACAAUACGCCGACGGUGUCGCCGGCGCACUCGUAAUCAAUGGGCCUGCAAGUGCAAACUACGACGAAGACCUAGGCCCUAUCAUGCUGGACGACUGGUACCACAGCACUGCGUUCGGGCUCUGGCAACACAUCCCUACGACUGGCCCUCAAGCAGCAAAUAACGGACUAAUCAAUGGCAUGAACGUAUUCGACUGUUCGGGAAGCACGGACCCUAACUGCGUCGGCGGCGGGAAGCGGUUCCUUACAAAAUUCAAGCCCGGGAAGAAGUACCUCUUGAGGUUCGUCAAUAUAGCUACGGAUACCUUUUUCAAGGUCACACUAGAUAAUCACACAAUGACCGUUAUCUCCAUGGAUUUCGUUCCUAUCACACCAUACGAGACAGAGUUCGUUUCUAUCGGAAUCGGUGAGCGGUAUCAAGUUAUCAUUGAGGCGAACCAGGCCACGGAUAACUAUUGGCUCCGGGCAAUCUCACAAACCUCGUGCGGAGCUGCCAACCCUAAUAGAUUAAACAUAAAGGGGAUAGUUCGGUACUCUGGUGCCGCAAACAGAGAGCCCACUACCAGCGCUCGCGCAAUUCCAGACAGCUGCGCUGAUGAGCCGAAAGACAAGCUCGUCCCAGUUGUCGCGAAGUCCGUCCCACCAUCAGACCUAUCUAUUUCUCAGCGGGAGAACGUCUCUAUGACUAUAUCCGACAACAGAAUACACUGGAAACUAAACGGUAUCUCCGCGAAGAUAGACUGGUUGAACCCCACCCUUCUGCAUGUCCUCAAGGGGCAGACUUUUCCGGAGGACUACAACGUCUUGGAAAUCGACGGUUCCAACCCAUGGUACUACCUUGUGAUCGAGACAGACCUCCCCAUCGAGCACCCCAUCCAUCUCCAUGGUCACGACUUCUAUCUCAUCGCCCAAGAAUCCGGAACCUUCGACACCUCCAAGGUCAAACCGAAAUGGUCCAACCCACCUCGCCGCGACGUCGCCAUGCUGCCCGGGAGCGGGUACAUGGUCAUUGCCUUCCAGACAGAUAAUCCGGGUGUCUGGCUCCUGCACUGCCAUAUCGCUUGGCACGUUAGCGGUGGUUUUGCGCUUCAAUUUGUUGAGAGGAAGACGGACUUGUUGAAGCGGUUCAACCCGGCCGGGGCUUGGACCGAUACUUGCUCUGCCUGGAACACUUACAUCUCUUCGGAUAUUGAUCCCUCGCAAGAAGAUUCUGGGGUUAAGAAGUAG